AACAGUUAAACCAUUUUUCCGAGAGAGAGAGAGAGAUAUGGCAAAGAAAAUGGUGUCAACGGUAGUACUAGCAGUUCUGGUUAUGCUAGCCAUGGUAGCUGCAACAUCUUUUCCGACUGCGGUGGAUGCGAAAGAACUCGAUGGCAAGAAACAACAAACUACUUCUGUUGAUCGGAUCCGUAAUAAGGCUAAAGCAUGUUGUAAUAAUUGCCUAUGUACGAAAUCAAUACCGCCACAAUGCCAGUGUACGGAUCGGAAGAAUUGCUACAGAGGAUGCAAGAGGUGUAGGUGCACCAAAUCUUCUCCUCCUAAGUGUCGUUGCAUGGACAUAAGGAAAAAAUGUUAUCCAAAAUGCCGUAUUUCUUCUCCACUGCCUCCACCACCGCCAUCUAGUAGCAGGUGCAGCCCGAACUGUAAAAUAUGUAUGUGCACAAAAUCACUCCCCCCUAAAUGCUCUUGCAAGGGUGCACCAAGGCCACCUCCACCGUCCAAUUGCAGUCCAAAUUGUAAAAUGUGUAUUUGCACAAAAUCAUUGCCUCCUAUAUGCUCUUGCAAGGAUGCACCACCACCACCACCACCAUCAAGUUGCAGUCCAGAUUGUAAGAUGUGUGUAUGCGCACUAUCGUUUCCUCCUAUAUGCUCUUGCAAUGAUAAAUCAACACCACCACCACCGCCGCCGUCUAGCUGUAGUCCUCAUUGUGAAUUGUGUAGAUGCACCAAAUCACUUCCUCCACAAUGCUCUUGCAUGGAUACACCAACAGUACCACCUCCAUCGUCUGGUUGCAAACCAGAAUGCAAGCAGUGUAGUUGCUCAGAAUCCUACCCUCCUAUAUGCUCUUGCAAGGACGACUGAUUUCAUAGCAAAACUUUAAGUCUGUAUCUCGAUCGAUCUAGAUCUACACGAAUUUGGAUUACUUUCAAUGUAUCUUGUUGGGUGAUAUCUCUAGCAUUUCCCUAAUGGAAUGGAUUUCUUUUCCAAAUAAAACUAAUCUUAAUUAUAA